GGUUCUCCCGAGCAGUCGGGGCGGCGGCAGAGGUGCCCACGCGACGCGCUGCCCGCCUUCUGCGCACUGCCUGUCCGCCUGGCUGCUUUUCGCUUGGUCGCUCGCUCGCUCGCUCGCCAGACGCUGCUGCUGCUGCUGCUGCUGCUGCUCCGCGCCAGGGGCCAGCCGGCUCCGGUCUUGUAGGAGAGCGAAGGAAGCGGCCGGGGCGCGGGUAGGGCUGCCCGACCGCCCGAGCGGGGCAGGUCACCAGCCCCAAUGGGAAAUGGUUCGGUGAAACCCAGGUACCCAAAGAGGUCGGAUAUCCAUGUCGGAACCUGUCCUUUUGGUUGUUCCGGUUGCGGCAAGACCCUGAAAGACCCGGGGCUGAGCAUCAGUACAAUAACAGGAGCUGCAGAUAUCCUGAGAGGGAAGAUUUGGGAGCUUGAGAAAGAACUGAAGAGGCAGGAGGAAGAGUUACACGAAAGGAACUAUCACAUCUUAGAGCUUCAGGAGCAGCUCGCCAAGCAGACUAAGACCAUCGGAGACCUUACCGAGGAGCUGAAGUGUAAAUGUAUCCAGCUGAACAAGCUACAAGAUGUCGUGGUCACUCAAGGGACAAAUCCUUUCCUUUUCCCCAGCCUUACAGAGACACCCAGGGCCAGCCAAAUGGCAGGCAGCACUAGGAGGAGGGGAGCCAAGGAAGGAGUAUCUGCAGAGCCGACCACCCGAACAUACGACCUAACUGAGCAACCUCGGUUUUCUUUCGAAAAAGCCAGAGUCCGAAAAGCCUCAAGCGAGAAGAAGCUAAUCACAGAUGCCCUGAGUAGAAACCAGUUUCUCAAAAGGCUGGACCUUCAGCAGAUCAGGGACAUGGUGGAGUGUAUGUACGGAAGGACAUACCAGCAAGGGAACUACAUCAUCAAACAAGGAGAACCUGGCAACCAUAUAUUUGUCCUGGCAGAAGGCAGAUUGGAGGUUUAUCAGCAUAACAAAUUUCUGUCAUCAAUCCCCGUAUGGACAGCCUUUGGAGAACUGGCUAUUUUAUAUAAUUGUACAAGGACAGCCUCAGUAAAAGCUGUCACCAGUGUGAAAACAUGGGCAUUAGACAGAGAGGUUUUCCAAAACAUCAUGAGAAGAACAGCUCAAGCAAGGCAUGACCAAUAUAGAAACUUCCUGAGAAGUGUUUCUUUACUGAAGAAUUUACCCGAAGAUAAACUAACCAAGAUUAUAGACUGCUUGGAAGUGGAAUACUAUGACAAAGGUGAUUAUGUUAUCCGGGAAGGAGAGGAAGGAAGUACUUUCUUCGUUAUAUCCAGAGGAAAGGUUAAGGUUACCCAGACCCCAGAAGGGCAGACCCAGCCUCAGUUGAUUAAAACGUUGCAGAAAGGAGAUUCUUUUGGAGAAAAGGCCUUGAUCAGUGAUGAUGUUAGGUCUGCUAAUAUAAUUGCAGACGAAAACGAUGUGGAGUGCCUCGUUAUUGACAGAGAAACUUUUAAUCAAACGGUUGGAACGUUUGAAGAACUGCAAGCAUACCUUGUGGGUUACGUAGCAACUUUGGCUCGAGAUGAUGAAAAAAGACACGCUCAAGUCUCUUCCAUGGAGCGACUCCCUCGUGAUCUCUCUCUGGAGAUGAUUCAAUUGACAGAAAAAGUUACCCAAUUUCCUGCCUCCUGCCCUUUUCAGCACCUGGAAAUUGUUGCGACUUUGGGUGUUGGUGGAUUUGGAAGAGUUGAGCUUGUGAAAGUUAAGAACGAGAACAUAGCAUUUGCCAUGAAAUGCAUUAAGAAGAAGCACAUAGUGGAUACCAAGCAACAGGAACAUAUUCAUUCCGAAAAGAAAAUUCUAGAAGAGGCCUGUUCGCCAUUCAUUGUGAAGUUGUAUCGUACCUUCAAAGACAACAAAUAUGUUUAUAUGCUCUUAGAAGCCUGUCUUGGAGGUGAACUAUGGAGCAUCCUCAGGGACAGGAGUAGUUUUGAUGAAACCACUACAAAGUUCUGUGUUGGGUGUGUGACAGAAGCUAUUGAAUAUUUGCAUUCUAUGAGUAUAAUCUACAGGGAUUUGAAACCAGAAAAUUUAAUUUUGGAUGCCCAGGGUUAUAUAAAGUUGGUUGACUUUGGGUUUGCUAAGAAAAUCAGAGCAGGGCAGAAGACCUGGACCUUCUGUGGGACUCCUGAAUAUGUCGCACCUGAAGUCAUUUUGAAUAAAGGCCAUGAUUUCAGUGUGGAUUUUUGGUCCCUCGGAAUCCUUGUGUAUGAACUGCUUACAGGAAAUCCUCCCUUUACUGGAAUCGAUCAAAUGAUGACCUACAAUUCGAUUUUAAAAGGCGUUGAGAGACUGGACUUCCCCAGAAUAGUAACCAAGCGCCCUGAGGAUUUGAUUCGACGGCUUUGCAGACAAAGUCCUACAGAGAGAUUAGGAAAUCUGAAGAAUGGAAUCCAUGACAUUAAGAGGCACAGGUGGCUGAAUGGUUUUAACUGGGAAGGACUCAAAGCAAUGAAGUUGUCAUCACCCCUAAAAAGAGAGCUUUCAGGCCCUAUGGACUACAGCCACUUCGACAGAUAUCCACCUGAACAGGGAGUUCCGCCCGAUGAACUUUCAGGCUGGGAUAAAGAUUUCUAAGAAGAAGGCUAGUGAUGUAAUUGUCCUCAUCCACUGGUUGUCUGCAGGGACUGCACACGUACUUCUUCAGGGCACAGCCGAGAUGCACUGAAAUUGCAUUUAAAAUUCAAAGGACCAUGGAUCGCUCUCUAAUUUUCUCGGUAAAUUCCCAACACAAAAGUAUUGCGUUGGGAAGCUAUGCCUUCCGAGCAACAGAACAAAGGGGAGCAGUGACCAGCAGUUUAGCGCCCUGCCAAAUUAAAUUCCACAAUCAUCUCCUUCGGAAGUGUGUGUGACCCAUUUAUUAACAUCAGUAUCUAUGCUGUAAUGUGCUUUGCAUAAAAUGCCUCGGUGAGCUAUCUUGGAUCAGAUGAGGAACAAAGGAGCGUGAGGGGAAUGCUGGAAAGAGAGUAGCAUUUAAAUAGCUUUGUGAAGGUCUCAGCGCCAGACCUUCCGGGAUAAAUGAAACCCAUUCUUAACAGUGGAUGACUCCUGAAAACUAAAAUGUGCCUCUGAAAUCUUUUCCCUUAAAAAAAAAAAAUCUUAAAAUUAAGGUGUAUUAUUCUUACAAAAGCAAAAACAUGCAGAUGUAAAAAUGCAGAAAAUAAAAAUAAACGAAUGCCAAAAAAGGGAAAAAAAGUAGUAAAAACUAGAUGUACAGUACAUGCAUAGACAUACACGUGUAUUUGAUUUAUUUUCCAUAGAUGAAGUGUGUGUAUAUCUCCUAUAGACACACACAAACACAUUCACAUUUUCACAGAAAAUUUCUAUUUCUGUUAUUUCUAUUCUAGUUUCUAUUCUUUCAGGGAGGAAUGAAUCAAUGCAGUUGUACAAAGCAUUUGAUGACCAAUUAGACUUUCAAGAAGAAAUUCAAUCGUUACUGAAAAAUUAUUUCCAUAAGUAGUCAUUUCUAUAUGUUUCACUUAAUUCUGUAAAGAUACGAAGAGAGAUUUAUGUUUAUAGGUAGUUUUUGGACAUAAUGUUUAAAAAAAUGGAGUGCCGUAGGUAGGCACUGUAAUAGAAAUAUGUUUUAAAAAGUUAAACUUUGCUGAGUCCCCCUGUGCGGGAAUCUUUUCUGAACUCCAUAGUAUUUUUUAAAUCUUUUCUUAAUGCUUGCUCCCUUUUUUCUAGAUCUGCCCAUGUCUGAUCUAUCAACUGCAUGCACCUAAACAGGGCUAUGGUCAAAAAAAUCAAGAUGGACUGGAUAUGACAGUGCAAUCCAAGCUCCACCUGCUUUUUUUCCCGUGAAUCACAAAAGCAACACACAGUGAAAACGGGCAGAGCAUUAAUUACACCAUUAUGUCCAGCAUUUUGACAAUUUUGACCAUGCCCCUCUGAAGCUGAGGCAGCUUUCCUUGAUAAUGAUAAGCAUUAUCUUAAUGGCCCGCUGUGAUCUCUUUUCAGAGCUUUAAGUAUUCUUUUGUGGGGAUGAUUUAUAGUAGGUAACUCACUCACACAAUGGAUUAUUUGGAAUUCAAGCACACUAGCCACAUGAGAGGCUAUUUAUAAAGACAGAGAUCCUGUCUGUUUUGUUUUUUUAAAAAAAGUUCAAGUCUUCCAGUUUUAAAAUAAACCGAUCAAAAUUAGUAAUCAAAGAUUUUAUUUUGUGGUAGAGCAGUGGCUUGAAUGUAGGGGUAUAAGAUCAUUGGAUGGAUCCUGGGUCUGCAUCCUAGCCAUAAUAAUAUAGUUGAUAAGGGAUCCAUCGGGAUCUAGACCGAACUUUUGUGGAAUAUGCUAAGGAAAUGAAGCUUGGAUCUUUUGUAUGCCUAGUGCAGGGGUAGGCAAUCUUGCUCUUUUAUGACUCGUGGACUUCAACUCCCAGAAUUCCUGAGCCAGCCAUGCUGAGUAGAAAGGAAGGGUUUCCAAGCUGAGCUAUGCUGGCUCAGGAAUUCUGGAAGUUGAAGUCCACGAGUCGUAAAAAGCCAAGGUUGCCUACCCCUGGCCUAGUGAACGCUCUAUGAGUGCGCAAAUGGAUCCUUCUUGAUCCAUUCUAAUAGUGGUUCUGCAAAAUAAGGGGUGGGUGGGAAUUCUGCACUUUUACAGAAAUGGUAUCUCCAGGUAAAUGAUCCCAGGUGUUUGGGCUGCGAAGCAUCUCUGCUAGUUGAAUGUAACGGUCCUUCCAUCCAAUGUAAUUCAUUUUUAUUUAGAUUCUCUCAAACAGGGAUGGUUUUCCCAAAUGACCAUUUGUCAUACUGGCUUGGCCUAAUGGAAAUUGGCAUCAGCAACAUCUGCCAAGCUACAGAAGUCUUACUUUGAUGUAAAGGAACUCUGUAGAUGCCAACUGAUACCCAUUAGUAAUACCAAAGACUGUGCAUUGUCACCAAGGCAUCUCUAAUUUUUGCCCUGUUUUGGAACUUUUCGAAAUGUAAAGGCUGUAAAAUAUUUUUUUAAAAACAACAGAGUGCUUUCCCUCUAUUUAUUUGUAUAUAAAUGCAAUCGUCAUUCCUAUAUGUUUGAGAAUAUUUUUAAUGACCGCAGGAAGCCACAUUUUAUUGCACAGUGUAGAGAGCAAGAGACAGCCCUUGUCCUUUUUAAUAUUUGUCAAAUGCAUUGAUUUCUUUGUGUGCAUAAAUAAAUCCGUUCUACAACA